CUCACCGUGCCAUGCGCGCAGCAUUGCUUCGUCUCCUCCACCUCCCUGUCGUUGCUAGUAGAUCACCAUCAUCACCACUCCGACCGGCUCCGGCGGCUCGCGCCAUGGCGUCCCAGAAGCAGUUCCCGCCGCAGCAGCAGGGAUCCCAGCCCGGCAAGGAGCACGCCAUGGACCCGCGCCCUGAGGCCAUCCUCCAGAACUACAAGGCGGCGAACAAGCUCAAGAACAAGGUGGCGCUGGUGACCGGCGGCGACUCCGGCAUCGGCCGCGCGGUGUGCCUCCUCUUCGCGGCGGAGGGCGCGUCGGUAGCCUUCACGUACGUGAAGGGCCACGAGGACAAGGACGCGGAGGAGACGCUCCGGGCGCUGCGCGACAUCUCCUCCCGCACGGGCGCGCGCCCGCCCAUGGCGCUCGCCGCCGACCUCGGGUACGAGGACAGCUGCCGGAGCGUGGUGGAGGAGGUGGCGUCGGCGCACGGCGGCCGCAUCGACGUGCUCGUCAACAACGCCGCCGAGCAGCACGAGCGGCGGUCCAUCACGGAGGUCGCCGAGCCCGACCUCGACCGCGUGUUCCGCACCAACAUCUUCUCCUACUUCCUCACGACGAAGCACGCGGUGGCGCGCAUGGCGCCGCACGGCGGCGGGUCCGUCAUCAACACGGCGUCGGUGAACGCGUACAAGGGACACAAGACGCUGCUGGACUACACGUCCACCAAGGGCGCCAUCGUGUCCUUCACGCGCGCGCUGGCGCUGCAGCUCGCCGACAAGGGCAUCCGUGUCAAUGGCGUCGCGCCGGGGCCUAUCUGGACGCCGCUCAUCCCGGCGUCGUUCGGCGAGGAGAAGGUGGAGCAGUUCGGCUCCGAGGUGCCCAUGAAGCGCGCCGGACAGCCGGCUGAGGUUGCGCCUAGCUACGUCUUCCUCGCCAGCGAGCAGGACUCGUCGUACAUCACCGGACAGUUCCUCCACGUCAACGGAGGCGUCAUCGUCAAUGGGUAGAGAGAAGUUAGCUAGACGACGACGACGACGGGGAUCGCCGGCGGCGGUAGGAGGUGUGGCCAUGGAGUCCUUUUGGGGUGUGCGUCGUCGUGUCCAAGUCGGAGGGAAGGAAGUGUCGAGUACGUGUACGACGUGCAGACAGCCAAGCUUUGAGUUUGAGUUCACAGUUGUGUAGGGGUGUGUGUCCACUGCCCAGUAGUGUGGCUACUGUGAGCUAGCAGCACGUGUACAAAAGGGAGGAACGUGUCUGAAUAAACAUGUGUGCAGUGCAUGUCAACUUCCGUGGCAUCGUCGUAA